UAAUGAAAAAUAUUUCGAAUUACACAUAUGUGUUUUGAUAAAUUUUUGGAAAAAUUUUGCCCAAUCCAAAAUUAAAAAAAUGUCCAAAUUAGAAAAGAUUGUGAUUCUUGGCUGUGGUUCAUAUAAUCCGUUAACAUAUAUGCAUCUUAGAAUGUUUGAAAUUGCUAGAGAUUUUCUAAUCCAAAAAGGUAGUUAUGAAGUUGUUGGUGGAAUAAUAUCACCGGUUAAUGAUCGAUAUAAGACCAAAAAAUAUUUAGCACCGGCUAAACAUCGUAUCGAAAUGAUACGAUUGGUAUUGAAAAAAACAUUAUUCGGUCGACCUAAUUGGAUACGAUUAGAUGAAUGGGAAUCUCAACUAGAUCAUUGGUGUCGAACAAUAGAAGUCAUUCAAUAUCAUCAUAAAAUAUUGAAUAGCAAUAACAAUGAUAAAAUACGAUUAAUGUUAAUCUGUGGUUCUGAUAUGUUUGAUUCGUUUAAUGUACCAAAUCUUUGGGAUGAUAAUGAUAUUGAAACAAUUAUCAAAGAUCAUGGACUUUUAGUCAUCUUUCGUAAUACCUCUGAUCCAUGGAAAACAUUACGUAAUUCAUCGAAAUCACAUUUAUUACUCAAAUAUGAAUCAAAUAUCCAUAUCAUUGAACACGCACCGAAUGCUGUCAGUUCAACUUAUAUCCGUGAUGCAAUUAUCAAAAAGGAAAGUAUUCGUUAUCUAACUGAUGAUUCAAUUAUCGAAUACAUUGAACAUCAUAAACUUUACCGGUAAUUCGCGAAUACAAAAAAAAAUCGAAUUGAAAAUUAAAUUUCCAAAAACACACAAAUCAUCUAUUUCCACACCUGUAUGAUG